CCGAGCCGAAAAUUAAGCCCAGCUGGGCGCUGCUCCUUCCUCCUACGGCGCGCGACUGCGUUUUUCUCUGCCGCGCCCCAAUUUGGAUGUUCACUCCCAACUGUUACGAGCCUCACCUUCCACACUCCCCUGCCCGUCCCCCGGGGUUCCUCCGCCGCCCGACCAUGGCCCAGAAGCCGAAGGUAGACCCCCACGUCGGCCGGCUGGGAUACCUGCAGGCGCUGGUCACGGAAUUCCAGGAGACCGAGAGCCAAGACGCCAAGGAGCAAGUACUGGCCAACCUCGCCAACUUCGCCUAUGACCCCAGUAACUACCAGUAUCUGCGGCAGCUGCAGGUCCUGGAUUUAUUCCUCGAUUCACUGUCGGAGGAGAAUGAGACCCUGGUGGAGUUUGCUAUUGGAGGCCUCUGCAACCUGUGCUCAGACAGGGCCAACAAGGAGCACAUCCUGCAGACUGGGGGUGUCCCACUCAUCAUCAACUGCCUGUCCAGUCCCAACGAGGAGACCGUGCUGUCCGCCGUCACCACGAUCAUGUACCUGAGCUCGCCGGGCUCCGGCUCCCACCCUGAGCUGACUGCUAUGCCCGUGGUCCAGUGCAUGCUGCGCUUCUCCCUCUCAGCCAACGCGAGGCUCCGGAACCUGGCCCAGAUCUUCCUGGAAGACUUCUGUUCCCCCGGCCAGCUGGCCGAAGCGCGCAGCUGGCGGGCUCACUCUGCCCUGGGGAUCCCACUGCCAAGGACCGAGGCCCCACAGCAGCCCUGAUCCAAGGAGCCCUCAGGCCGCGGCACCCGCACUGCCAGAGACAAUACCAAAAUCCCGGUGGGGACUCAGGAAGUGGGAGCAGCGAAGCUCCCACUGUGCACGUUCUCCCCAAAUGGUGCUUUUUCAGCCACUUUAAAGACGAGUUUUCUCAGUGUGACAGGUGUUUACACUGUGAUGGAAGGCAUCAGGAGAUGAGUGAGGAAGCCAGACUUGGAGACACGUGGAGAAGGAAAUCGAAGGGUGCCGUUGUGACAGGCUGCCGCUCUCAACCAGCUAGAGGUGAAGGUCCUGCCUCCUGGCCCACCCCGCCACCAAGCUGUCACCCUCGUGUGAGAAGCAACAGGUCCCUAGACCCAGAGGCUCUGCAGAUGGUGUUUCUCCUGAGGAACAGCUGGGCCUGGGGCUUAGGAGAAUUGCCUGAGCUUGAGGAAAUAGGCAUCAUCCCUUAACAGAGGUGUCGGGAGUAAUUCUGAGAAAUAGAAAUGAGAAGCCGUGUUGUUAAAAGUAUUUCGGGGCCCUGGGAAGCUGGGGAAGUGUUGUGUCCACUGCUGUGGAGGCUGGGUACCUGUCCUGCAAGCUCUCCAGGCUGGGUGUUGGGCAUGGUGGAUGCUGGCCUGGAGAACUCUGUGGCCCAGGAUUAACUGCUUAUCCACACAGGCCUGUCAGCCAGGCACCACGUUAGGGCUUCAAAGACGAGGAUGUGGUCCCUGAUCUUGAGUGUCGCAGCCCAGUGACUGUUAACAUGGCCGUCAGGCAUUAAGACGGAGGCCAUGAGGGUGAUGACACAUUAGAAUACAGGCGCAAACUCUUCAGGCUGUUGUCUUUUCCCUUCACCACCCCAUGGUCCCUGCCUGGAAGCCCUGGCCUGCCUUCUCUGCCAUCAGGGUUAGUGAGGGGGUGGGUCCCUGUCCCUGGAAGUCUGUCUCAGGCUGGCUUCAGGGAUGCAAGUAAGAGAGGUGCUCGAGGGAGAUGGGACCAGAUACUGACAGCAAGCGAAUGGCUCAGAGUCUAGUGUCAGCUGCUCAGCACGGGGGAAGGGGUGUGGGCCCCCUUGGAAAGGUGGGGUUCAGGAGCAGUGGAAGGUCCUGGCCUCCCUUAAGGAUGACCUCUUUUUUUUUCUUUUUUUAAAUUUUAUUUAUUUUUGGCUGCGUUGGGUCUUUGUUGCUGCGCACGGGCUUUCUCUGGUUGCAGCGAGCGGGGGCUACUCUUCAUUGCGGUGCGCGGGCUUCUCAUUGCAGUGGCUUCUCUUGUUGCAGAGCACGGGCUCUAGGGCGCACAGGCUUCCGUAGUUGUGGCACAUGGGCUUGCGGGCUCUAGAGCACAGGCUCAGUAGUUGUGGCGCACGGGCUUAGUUGCUCUGCGGCAUAUGGGAUCUUCCCAGACCAGGGAUCGAACCCGUGUCCCCUGCACUGGCAGGCAGAUUCUUAACCACUGCGCCACCAGGGAAGCCCAAGGAUGGUCUCUUACAUGGCCAAGGAAAGGCAGAUUCGAGAGGAGUGGUUUCCAGGUGGAUGUGGAGGUGGGCAAACUAUGGAACUAAUGGACUAAGGAGAU